GGGCUUGGCGGCGCCACCUCCCCCGCGCCCCCGCGCCAGAUGCAGCGCACGGAGAAGGUGCUUCAGCUGCGGGGCCUGCAGGGCCGCUCGGUGCGGGUGGUGCGCGAGCACUACCUGCGGACCGACGUGCCUUGCGGCAGCGCCCUCUGCCAGGCGGCCUGUCGCCGCGAUGGGAAAUUGUUGUCUGAUGAUGUGACUCACUAUGUUGUGCCUGACUGGAAGGUGGUCCAAGAUUACCUGGAAAUACUGGAGUUUCCCGAGUUAAAGGGGAUUGUUUUCAUGCAAACAGCCUGCCAAGCACUGCAGCAUCAAAGGGGCCGCAGACAGUACACUAAAUUGCGAAAUUUACUGAGGGAUGCUCGUCAUGACUGCAUUAUGUUUUUUAAUGAAUUCCAGCUGUAUUCUUAUUUGCCAAGACAAAGAGGAGAAUCUUUGGAGAAAUGGCAGACAAGGAGUAUUUAUAACGCAUCCGUGUGGUAUUAUAAUCACUUUUCGGGUCAGAUGCCAGUCGUUAUGGUAACGGAUGACGAAGAUUCUAUUCAGCAACUUGGAAGCGAGACAGAAGGUGUCUUUGUGAUUUCAUUCAAGAAUUAUUUGGACAACUUUUUGCCAGAUUUAAAAUCUGCCCAUGAACUUUUGGAUUCUAUAGUCCAGUCACAGCGAGAACGGGAGAGUGAAAGCCAAGAGAAUAACGGGAAGGAGUACCCAGACCAUAUCGCUGUGGAAACACUGGAAGCUGGAAUCAAGUCAGGAAGAUACCUCCAGGGGGUCCUGAAUGUGAAUAAGCACAGAGCACAAGUAGAAGCGUUUGUGCGACUUCAAGGAGCUGGCAACAAAGAAAAAGAUCUCAGAGCGGACGUCCUCAUUUACGGUGCCAAAGCACGGAAUAGGGCAAUCCACGGUGACGUCGUUGCAGUUGAACUAUUACCUAAGAAUGAAUGGAAGGGACGAGCUGCUGCCCUUUGUGAGAAUGAGACUGAAGAAAAGGCUGCUGGGGAAGUCUGCGGCGAGACUAUGCCCACAGAAUUUCACAUUUCUGAAAAAAAUGUUCUGGGAUUAGAACAUACGUAUCUUCAUUUGACAACUCCACUCCCACCCCCUGGGUUUUACAGUAAAGUUGUUGGCAUCAUACAGAAAAACUGGCGGGAUUACGUAGUCACAUUUCCAUCCAUAGAAGAUAGCCAAUCGCAUGGCAAAAACACACAGAAAGUCCUUGUGACGCCUUGGGAUUACAGGAUUCCCAAAAUCAGGAUCAGUACCCAGCAAGCAGAGACUCUGCAGGACUUCCGCGUCAUUGUGCGGAUCGAUUCCUGGGAGUCAACAUCGGUGUAUCCAAAUGGACAUUUUGUACGGGUUUUAGGACGGAUAGGAGAUCUUGAAGGAGAAAUUCAAACGAUCCUAGUGGAAAAUAGCAUUUCCGUCAGUCCUUUCUCUGAAGCGCAGAUGUGUGAGAUGCCAGUUGUGCUCCCAGAAAAGCCGUGGAAGGUGUUUCCUGAAGAGGAACUAAGGCGUGUUGACCUGAGGGAUUCGCAUUUAGUAUUCAGCAUUGAUCCCAAAGGCUGCGAGGAUGUGGAUGAUGCCUUGUCAAUUCGAAUGCUGCCCAAUGGAAACCUGGAACUUGGUAUCCAUAUUGCUGAUGUAACUCAUUUUGUGGCUGCAAAUUCUCAUACCGACAUUGAGGCGAGAUCAAGGGCCACCACUUACUACUUAGCUGAUCGUCGCUAUGACAUGCUGCCUGCCAUCCUGAGUGCCAACCUGUGCUCUCUUCUUGGAAAUGCUGACAGGUAUGCUGUGAGUAUUAUCUGGGAGCUUGACCAAACUUCCUAUGAAAUCAAAACAGUGCAGUACAUGAGAACCAUUCUUCGGUCUUCCUACAAACUCUUUUAUGAAGCAGCACAAGCUUUGCUAGAUGGAGACUUAACUGCUGUAGCUGAAAUCCCAGAGCUCAAAGAAAUAAAUGAGGAUGCCCGGAAGCAGAAGAUAGAGGAGCUGGUCUGGGCAAUAGGAAAGCUGACUGAGGUGGCCCGUCAUGUCCGAGCGAAGCGUGACCGUUGUGGGGCCCUGGAGCUGGAAGGUGUGGAGGUCAGGGUUCAGUUGGAUGACAAAAAGAACAUCCGUGACCUCAUCCCUCGGCAGCCCCUCGAAGUGCACGAAACGAUAGCGGAGUGUAUGAUUCUGGCGAAUCACUGGGUGGCCAAAAAGAUCUGGGAGACGUUCCCUCACCAAGCGCUCCUGCGCCGACAUCCGCCCCCACGGCAGGAGUUUUUCUCCGAACUCCGAGAAGCCGCCAGCGCAAAAGGAUUUGUGAUAGAUACACGAUCUAACAAAACACUGGCUGACUCCCUAGAUAGAGCAGUUGAUCCAGCCGAUCCUCUCGUGAACAAACUGUUGAGAGCAAUGGCUACCCAGGCAAUGUCAAACGCGGUGUACUUUUCCACUGGAUCCUGCCCUGAAGAGGAGUUCUCUCACUAUGGUCUUGCACUGGGUAAAUAUACUCACUUUACCUCACCCAUUCGGAGGUACACGGAUAUAGUGGUCCAUAGGCUACUGCUGGCAGCCACUUCAAAGGACGAUAAAAGGGGGCUCAAGGACAACUUGCUUGGCAACAAGGAACUUGAGGAACUGUGCAGGCACGUCAACUACAGAAACCAGGCUGCCCAGCAUGCCCAAAAACAAUCAACGGAGCUUUUCCAGUGUAUGUACUUCAAAGACAAGAAUUCUGAAAAAGAUGAGCAGUGCAUGGCCGAUGGGAUUAUUUAUUCCAUACGGACUAACGGCGUCCUAGUCUUCGUGCACAGGUAUGGAAUUAAAGGCGCUGCCUAUCUGAAAAAUAAGGAAGGCUUGGUCCUCUCUUGCCAGGCUGAUGGGAGCUGUGAGUGGAGACCCGGUUCUGUGCAGCGUUUUUCCAGUAGAAUUGUCUCCACUCCCACUGGUGGGAAUCCCAUUACACUGAACCUCUUUGAUCACGUGACAGUAAAAAUAUCUGUACAGAGUUCUCGUUGUCACGCUGACUCCAUCCGGCUGCACAUCACAAGCUGCAAGCCCUACUGGACAUCAGAAGUGGAACUGUCUCAAAGCUCCCACAUAUCCAGGGCAGACUUGGUAAGAGAAGUAGUAACAAGGACGGCUGAAGAAGCCCAGCUUGCUCAGGACACCACCCAGGGGAAGACUACAGAGGAGGAGUUUGCGGAGUAUGGCCAGACGCAGGGUAUGAGCCUGUAUCAGCUGCUCGAGGAAAUCAGGGGUUUGGCUUUAUUAGAUGUAUCCGCCGAUAGCGGAGCAUAAAAUCACGAUUCACAGAAUGCUUGCGCAAGGGCUCUUCAUUGGCAAAGCUUUGUACAGUUACUUUCCCCUGCUUUUAAAAAAAUAUUUGUGGAUGUGUUUAACCAUUUCAGUUGGCUCUAGUUUUGAGAGUUUUGAUAUAACCUUGUAUAACAACAUCACAGAGCUGCAAAGGGGGACAAAUGUAUUUCAGGUUUCCAUUUUUUAAGCAAACAUUUAAUUUUUUGAAGUACAGAAAAUUGUAGGUAUUGCAAAGAACUCAAAGAGUAAGAACUCAUUAUGUUUCAACCUGGUAGAUCUUAAAAAUUUUGCGAUCAGGUAAUGUACAGAUAAAAUUAAAUUACAAUUUAUUACUUUCUA